GCAAAUCUUGUGUUUGAAAAGGUCAAAAUAGCUUCUUAUAUGAAAAAUUCCCAGAGCUUAUCUGUAAAACGACCAGCCGUAAGAUUCUUUUAUCAUUAUUAUUGUUCCAUUUAACCAUCAUUUUACUUAACUAUGACUGUUUUUAUAUGCCAUUCUAUAUAAAUAUGUACUUCGUCAGACAAGGGUCAAAUAGAUUGAUUCUCGAUGAGCAUUACUUGUCAUCAGUUGAUACUUUUAAAACUAUCUAUGAACAUGAAAUAUAAGUAGUUGACGAACAAAAUACAGCAAUUAUGUGAGACAAAUAAAUUCUAAAUGAGAGGUAGCCUUGCAUAGUUAUUCUUCAGUGAUCUAGAAUGAUUCUUGUCUAACACAAUAAUACAGUUGUCAAUCCAAAAGUUCUCUUUUACUAUUCUUGUUGAAAAUCGACCAUAAGCAUAGCUCGCUAUAUCAUUGUUAUAUAUUCCUGAGGAGAGUAUAGAAGAUACUCGGCUGUCGCCGUUUAUAUAAGAAUCUUAUAGAUAUGAACUUGAAUACAAGGAUGACAAAGAUUGGAUGUGAGAGCAGAAUAAAAAAUUAAUAGAUACUUGACAGAAGAAACCAGAAUAAGUACCUUUCAAUUAAAGAAAAUAUUCUAAAACAAAAUAAUCGUUGUUAACAAAGUUGAGAAUUUGACUAAAAAAGGUUUCUCGUCUUGUAACAAAAUUCAACUUCUAUGCAAAGAAAAAUUCUCUCUCUUAUUUUAAUAAUUUUUCUUGUCUCUAUUUUAGACUAUCCAUUACGUUCUUCAUCCAGCACUAACAUUCAUCCGAAUGCUCGAUGGCAACAAAAUGGUAUCACUGUAGCUGGAGGAAAUCGACAAGGCAAUGGAAUCAAUCAACUCUCAUACCCAUUGGGUUUGUAUGUUGAUGAUGAUCAAACGAUCUAUGUUGCUGAUCGAACGAAUCAUCGUAUUGUGGAAUGGAAACGAGGUGCAACAAGUGGCCAAGUGGUUGCCGGUGGAAAUGGACAAGGAAGUGGAGAUCAUCAAUUGGAUAACCCAAGAGAUGUGAUUAUCGACAAAGAGAGAGAUAGUCUCAUUAUAUGCGACCGUUCGAAUGGAAGAGUGGUUCGAUGGCCUCGUCGAAAUGGGACAAGUGGAGAAACAAUCAUCUCCAACAUCUCUUGUUGGGGUUUGACAAUGGACGAGAAUGGAUCUCUCUAUGUCAAUGACUAUGAAAAACAUGAAGUGAGACGAUAUCGAAGAGGAGAAUCUCAAGGAACAGUGGUUGCAGGUGGCAAUGGAAGUGGAAAUCGUCUCGAUCAACUCUCUCGCCCCACAUACGUAUUCGUCGAUCGAGAUCAUUCAGUAUACGUAUCUGAAUGGGACAAUCAUCGUGUGAUGAAAUGGAUGGAAGGUGCAAAACAAGGCAUUGUCGUGGCUGGUGGUCAAGGAGCAGGAAAUGAUCUUACACAAUUGUCAUCUCCUCGAGGAGUCGUUGUCGAUCAAUUGGGCACUGUCUAUGUGGCUGAUCGAGAGAAUGAUCGAAUCAUGCGUUGGCCUCAAGAAGCCACACAAGGAAGUGUCAUUGUUGGUGGAAACGGUAGUGGAGAACAAUCGAACCAACUCAAUGGACCCAUCGGUUUGUCAUUCGAUAGACACGGGAAUCUCUAUGUCGUCGAUUGGGGAAAUCGUCGAGUUCAAAAAUUCAAUAUCCAUUUAAAUGUGUAA